UUCAGGACCACCCCACGCCACCUGGUUAUUUGGUUGGCCAGCGCCCUCGUUGUACGUCAUUUACCCGCGCCACCCGGAAGCUAAGGUUCUUACCAACCCUUCUUUUUGCCGGCGGCUCUCAGGAGCCCAUCAUGGCGACGCCCCCUAAACGGCGGGCGGUGGAGGCCACCGCGGAGAAGGUGCUGCGCUACGAGGCUUUCAUCUCUGACGUGCUGCAGCGGGACCUGAGAAAGGUGCUGGACCAUCGCGACAAGGUAUAUGAGCAGCUGGCCAAAUACCUUCAACUGAGAAAUGUCAUUGAGCGACUCCAGGAAGCUAAUCACUCGGAGUUAUAUAUGCAGGUGGAUUUGGGCUGUAACUUCUUCGUUGACACAGUGGUCCCAGACACUUCACGGAUCUAUGUGGCCCUUGGAUAUGGUUUUUUCCUGGAGUUGACACUGGCAGAAGCUCUCAGGUUCAUUGAUCGUAAGAGCAGUCUCCUCACAGAGCUCAGCAACAGCCUCACCAAGGACUCCAUGAAUAUCAAGGCCCAUAUCCACAUGUUGCUAGAGGGGCUUAGAGAACUACAAGGCCUGCAGAAUUUCCCGGAGCCUCACCAUUGACUUCUUCCUACCUCCCCUGACAUUAAAGAGCCUGAAUGUCUUUGA